UCUAAAGAACAUGUAAUAACAUGCUAGGUAACAAAUACGUCAAGGUAUUAUCACGCUUGAUAAAGUUUUUAUGUGCUAUUUUAAUGUCAAAACGCGUGAGUGAACGUGAUCACUUUUUUUUUUUUUUACAUAUCACAUAGUGACUUUGGGUUAGUCUGAGUGGAUGUAUAUAAUUUCGUCAAGGUCAUUUCAUUAAGGAUCAAUUUAUUUUAAAUUUCUGGGUUCGUUUUACACGUCGUUUUUGGUUUUGUGUAUAGUUCAGGAGAUGGUAAAAUGGCGGAUCCCCCUCGGUCUGCAUCAACGUACUGCACUGAGGGUGCAGCAGAGAAAGACAAUUUUACGGUUGCACUACUGUUUUGGAGCUAAAUAUUAAGUCUGAGGCCAGUAACAUCAACAGUGAGGACAAACCCAGCCUUCCUCUCUCCUUCCACACUGAGUUCAAACCUACAGUCACUGGGUCCUGAUUGUGACAGUGGAGCACAGUUUGCACUGCAGGAUCUAGAGAUGGCAUCAGUGAAGCUGGAAGACUGCAGUCAAACACUGGAGCUGAACGUCAACAUUAAAGAUGAAGAAGAGGAGGAGAAGAUUGGGACAUCUGUUUCUCAUGGUAUGAGACCGUUAACAUCAACAGUGAGGACAAACCCAGCCUGCCUCUCUCAUUCCACACUGAGUCCAAACCGACAGUCACUGGGUCCUGAUUGUGACAGUGGAGCCCAGUUUGCACUGCAGGAUCCAGAGAUGGCAUCAGUGAAGCUGGAAGACUGCAGUCAAACACUGGAGCUGAAUGUCAACAUUAAAGAGGAAGAAGAGGAGGAGAAGAUUGGGACAUCGGUUUCUCAUGACUAUGUCCAAACCUAUAUUCAUUCACUGGGUCCUGAUUGUGACAGUGGAGCCCAGUUUGCACUGCAGGAUCCAGAGAUGACAUCAGUGAAGCUGGAAGACUGCAGUCAAACACUGGAGCUGAAUGUCAUCAUUAAAGAUGAAGAAGAGGAGGAGGAGGAGAAGAUUGGGGAGUCUGUUUCUCAUGGAAACCAUGUUGCCACGUUCUCUGCAUCCAGAGAGCAACAGCAGGAAGAUCAUAGCGCUAAGAGAUCUCAUCACUGCCCACAUUGUGAGGAGAUUUUCCCAUUUCUAUCAAAGCUGAAAAUACACCUAAAAAUACACACAGGAGAGAAUCUGUAUUCCUGUGCUGACUGUGGGAAGAAUUUCACAACAUUAGAGGUUCUGAUCAUUCAUCAGAGAGUGCAUGAACGGAUACACACAGGAGAGAAGCCUGUGACCUGCUCUGACUGUGGAAAGAGUUUCUCUCUACUGAGCAACUUAAAACGACAUGAACGCAUACAUACAGGAGAGAAGCCUUACGUAUGCUCUGACUGUGUAAAAUGCUUCACAACAUCAACUGAGCUAAAACGUCAUCAGAGAACACACACAGGAGAGAAGCCUUACUCCUGCUCUGACUGUGGAAAGAGUUUCUCUCAACUGAGCAACUUAAAAGCACAUGUACGUAUACAUACAGGAGAGAAUCCUUACUCCUGUUCUGACUGUGGGAAGAGGUUCUCUCUACUGAGCAACUUAAAAUCACAUGAACGUAUGCAUACAGGAGAGAAGCCUUACGUAUGCUCUGACUGUGUAAAAUGCUUCACAACAUCAACUGAGCUAAAUCGCCAUCAGAGAACACACACAGGAGAGAAGCCUUACUCCUGCUCUGACUGUGGAAAGAGGUUUUCUCGACUAAGCACCUUAAAAAGACACCAAGGUCAACAGAAAGGACCAUUGAUCUGACUGGAAAAUGUGUUAAAACAACAGCUGAGCUUAAAGGUCAUCAGAGAGCACACAUAGGAGAGAAGGGUUGUGGAAAUUUCCUGUAUUACCAAAUCACGAGAGAGCAAACCACACACAAGUCAGAGUUAUCAUAAAGUCCAUCUUUAAUUAUAUGAGCGUCACCAUAGCCCUGUGACUCUCAGAUCAAUUCAGUGUCUAUAAAUGAAUUCUCUGAGAGUUCUUACAUAUUGGCAACUGAGAUCCUUUAUAGCAAAGACACACAUAGCCAGACAGCAUUGGCUAUAAAUUAUCGUUCAGUUUGGUCUCCUAAACUAAGUUCUUAUCUUGUUCUUGCUCCCACUUAGAACCAAAAACAUUACCUCAUCCAAUGGCAUAUAUCAAAUACACCCCCUCCUGGACAAGAUCAGAAAAGACAGUGAGCCUCUUAGGUCAUAUACUAAAUCAAGAUAAGGGCAACCUCAGAGAGGACAUGUAAAUAGUUAGACACAUUCCCAUAAGAAGACAGGCCUGACCUCUCCCCUCUCUGGGGCCCAAUGUGACUAAGCCCUGGCAGAGAAGGGAUAACUGCAAACAGUAUUAUCCAAAAGAAGACAUUCUAAUGACAAAUAUCUCACAUAAGCAUUAUUAUGUAAAUACAACCUCUUAUUUAUCAAUGUUACCUAACUAAUUCUGAUUCUGCUACUACAGAAGCAGUCAUCUGCUCUGACUGUGCGUCAAGUUUCUAUCUUCUGUGCCACUUAAAAUGACUUGAACGUGUACACACAGGAGAGAAGCCUUAUCACUGCAUUCAUUGACUGUGAGAAGAGAUUCUACAGAUUGGGCCAUUUAAAACGACACCAAUGUGUACAUAAAGGAGAGAAACCUCAUCAGUUCUCUCAAUCCAACUAAGAUUUGACACUCAACUUAAUUCUCAUCUCAUAAAAUAAUUGGCAACGUUGAAUUGGAUCAAAUGAAGAAAGCGUAGAACACUGUAUUGUAAACCUAUAGUUUCUCACUGUGAGAGAACUGUGCAGAGGAGAGGGAGCGUUAUAGUAUGUAUAUUAUCCUCUCUUUACUGAUCAGUGUGCACCUUGUCAGUUUUGGUGUGUUUUGUUAGAUUAUACUGUAAAGAUAUUGAGAUGGCCUUGGAUUUGGCCUUAGGCUUUAAUAUCCUCUGUGAGGCGUCUCACAAUGGAGUUGUUGACUGGGUGGUACUGCUUCUCUCUGCAUUUUUCCGUGGGAAUGAGCUGGUAGACACAACAUGUACAGAGUGUACAAAACAUGAAGAGACGCCUGCUCUUUCCAUGACAUAGGUGAACCCAGCUGAAAACUAUAAUCCUUAAUGAUGUGGUUUUUAUUAUGAAUUUAUUUUGGAUCCCCAUUAGCUUUCAGCAGAAAACAAGAUACUGCAGUUGGAGUUGGCUAAGAAAUGAAAAGACGACGCUGGAGAAUUUGAAAAACAUUGCCUGGCCUGAUGAAUCCCUGUUCCUGCUGUGUCAUGAUGGGAGGACUAGGGUAUACAGGAAACCACUAGUACAUCCAUCAUGCCUCGUGUCAUCUUUGCAGGCUGGUGGUGAUGGUGUGGAGUUUGUAUUCAUGCCACACUCUGGGCCCCUUGAUAAAAGUGGAGCAACUUUGAAUACCACAGGAUUUCUAAACAUCAUGGCCAAUCAGAUUCACUGCAGCAGUGUAUCCAUCUGCAAAUAGAUUUCUUCAGCAGGAUUAUGCCACAAGGCUUGUCCAGGAAUGGUUCCAAGAACAUGACAGCGAAUUCAGCAUGACAGCGAGUCACCAGAUCUCAAUCCAAUUGUCCAUCUGUGGCAGGAGAUGAAACAAGCUAUUCGGAGUAGAGAUCCACUCCCAGCUAGACACAAUUGUGGGAAGAAUUGGGCCAGAAUCCCUGUGGAAUGAUCUCAACACCUUGGAUAGUCCAGACAAAUUGAGGCUAAUUCUGAGGACAAAGGGGGGGGUGCAACUCAAUAUUAGGAAGAUUUUUUGUACACAAUGUAUAUCAGAUAAAGAUGGUGUGAUGAUCACUUUUAAGCAUUUGUUUGGGUCGAUUAUUUAAUAUUACUCAACUUUUGUUUAAACAGUGAAUCUACUUGUGUUUAUUAAAAUUGUCUUUUAAUACUAGAUUUAUUAUUUUAGUCAUUGAUGAUGAAUGUAUUUGAAUAACUGUAUUGAAUAUAAUUGAUCUGGUGGCAGGUAGCCAGCGGUUAGGAGUGUUGGGCCAGUAACUGAAAGGUUGCUGGUUUGAAUCCCAAGCCGACUAGGUGAAAAGUCUGUCAUUGUGCCCUUGAGCAAGGCAAUUAAACCGUAUUUGUCCUGUAAGUUGCUCUGGAUAAGAGCAUCUGCUAAGUGACAAGAUUGUAAUGAAAAAUGUUUGUAGAUAAAUUUAUGUUCGGCGGGUUAGCCUAGUGGUUAGAGUGUUGGACUAGUAACCGGAAGGUUGUAAGUUCAAACCCCCCGAGAUGACAAGGUACAAAUCUGUCGUUCUGCCCCUGAACAGGCAGUUAACCCACUGUUCCUAGGCCGUCAUUGAAAAUAAGAAUUUGUUCUUAACUGACUUGCCUGGUUAAAUAAAGGUAAAAAUAAAAUGUAGGGCAACCACUUUUUUUCUCUUAAAUGAAAUAAACUGUUUGAAGUGA